CUGAAUAUCCAAAGUAUGGAAGAAAUCCGAAAAGAAAGUUUUCCGAUAAGAAGAAGGUUAUUAACAUUCCCAGGUAUUGUUUUGAAAGAGAAAUUCCUUCUAGGCCCAACUCCUCUGCCAUUCAUCGGUAACCUUCACGUUUUCCUUUGGCACGAGCCAGGCUACAGUGCGUUCGAAAUGUGGCGCAAACAAUUUGGCCCUAUUUAUACAUUCUGGAUAGGUAUACCUUUUUCAAGACCUUACCCAUUCGUUGUGAUCAGUGAUUACAAGACAAUGAAAGAAACGUUCGUCAAAGACGGAGAAGCGUAUUCGGGAAAAUUUAGCUUCAUAGAAGCUACGACGGCCUUUCGAGGAGGUGAGUACGGCGUUGUAGAAACUGUCGGUCAAAUGUGGCGAGAUCAUAGAAGGUUUGCUAUCCAUGUGCUGAGAGAUUUGGGUCUUAGCAAGGACAUCAUGGAACAACGAAUUCUCGCUGAAGUAGAGGCGAUGAGCAAUACCUUAUCCUCUAUGAAAGGAAAAGAAGUAGAAAUUCAGGAUGUCUUCGACAUUGGAGUUGGAUCAGUGAUCAACCAGCUACUCUUUGGCUAUCGUUUCGAUGGAGAUAAACUUGGAGAGUUUCGUCAUCUUAAAAGUCUAAUGUCUCGCCAAAUGAAAGAGUUCUCGAAUCCUCUGGCUUUUGUAUUGUUUGCAUACCCAUGGCUCAAGAAUCUGCCUUACUUCAAAGGAAUAUGGAACAAAAUGCCUCUCUACCGCGAAGCCUUCUAUUCGUUUUUCGACCGCCAGAUCGACGCUCACCAAAAGGAUAUCGAUUACGACACCAUUGAUUCCAAAGACUACGUCGAAGCGUUUUUAAAGGAGAAGAGACGUCGUGAGGCAAACGGUGACAAAGACUCGUUCAGCCAUAUACAGCUGCAAAAUAUGUGCUUGGAUUUAUGGAUCGCUGGUAUGGAAACCACUUCUAGCACACUUUCAUGGGGUGUGGUUUACUUGCUUAAUAAUCUCCAUGUUCAAGAGAAAUUGCACGAAGAAAUGGAUCGUGAAAUCGGCUCUGGCCGCCUGGUCACGAUGUCGGAUAGGAAUAACCUACCAUAUACAAGUGCAGUGAUCAACGAAAUCCAACGUGUGGCCAACUUACUGCCAAUGAAUCUACCUCACGAGACUCUAUCUCCAGUUCAAGUGGGCAAAUGGAAUGUUCCGGCGCAUACGGGAGUUAUCGCUCAGAUCAGUUCUGUGCUUUACGACGAUGAGCUAUUUCCCUCUCCACAUACUUUCGAUCCAACCAGAUUCAUUGAUGAAAAUGGAAGAUUGAAGAAGGUGGAAGAACUCAUACCGUUUUCAAUCGGAAAACGACAAUGCCUUGGAGAAGGACUAGCGAGGAUGGAGCUUUUCCUAUUUACUGCCAAUCUUUUCAAUAGAUUUGAGGUAUACAAAAUUUUUGAUGGUUUCCUGCAAAUGUUAACAUCAAACUCUUAA